AGUCAGCUGGUCUCAUGAGGAGGAAUUCUUGCAUGAGUUCACAUGCCAACGACAGUAACUGGCAAUGGCUUCAUGGACAUCAUGACAUGCCCCGUCAUAGUAAACUCAAGUUGACUUAUUUCUAUGAUUUUGAUCGGCACUGCUGGCUCAGCCUGGCUGGCCCUGCGAUAUGCCCGCACUGGCAGCGGCAUGCCCUCGCCGUAAUGAUACGUAUUCGGCUCAAACCAAGUACAAAAGCGUCGGUUCGUUCUACAUGGUAAUAUUUGGCCGUUUUUUUAUCCAGUGACUGCAGUCGCCAUGAUGUCUAAGCUGCUGUCGUUGUUGUGUAUAAUUCCAUUCGUUCUAGGUGCACCAACCUUGGCUUCGUCUGCCGCAACACCGUCUACCCCAGGUGGUAAUGUGAGCGUUACUGUAGCUGGUCCAUAUUCCCCGGUGACAACCUCAUCCAAUUCUUCAUCAACUUCUGCAAACUCCACAACAUAUUCUGCUUCCGCCAGCACCUCAGGCGCGUCCACAACCGGUGUUGUCACCAUUCCGCUCUCUAGCUAUUCAUUCACUCCCUAUCCUACACCUACUCUCAACCCUCGCCCACCAGUUUUCCCUGCAACGGAUCCUUUGAACCCUCCCACUGUCAGUAGUGACCCGCAAGUUGUGCCCGAUUUUGCGCCUGCAUGGUCUGCCGCUUACCAAAAGGCCAAAAGUCUUAUAUCAGAUUACACCAUCGAGGAAAAGGUCAACAUCACCACGGGAGUCGGUUGGGAGAACGGGUUGUGCGUUGGCAAUAUCCCACCCAAUAAGAACUUCCCCGGUCUAUGUCUUGAGGAUUCGCCUCUCGCCGUCCGUUUUGCAGACUACGCAACCGCAUUCCCCGCUGGCAUUCAGGUAGCAUCUACCUGGAAUCGCGCUCUGAUGCGUGCUCGCGGCCUAGCUUUGGGUCAAGAGUUCAAGGGCAAGGGCGUCAACAUUGCCCUUGGUCCGAUGAUGAACAUGGGUCGCGUCGCUCAAGGCGGCCGUAACUGGGAAGGUUUCGGUGCAGAUCCCUUCUUGACCGGCGAAUCUGCAUACGAGACAAUAUUAGGCCUACAAAAUGGCGGAGUACAAGCCACCGCCAAGCACUUCAUCAACAAUGAGCAGGAGCAUUUCCGCACAUCAGAAUCUUCAAAUGUUGAUGACCGGACUCAACAUGAGAUUUACGCGCACCCGUUCUUGCGCAGCGUCAUGGCUGGCGUUUCGUCCGUCAUGUGCAGCUACAACCUCAUCAACGAAACCUACGCAUGCAACAACGACAAGAUGCUCAACGAUAUCUUGAAGCGGGAGUACGCUUUCCAAGGUUUCGUUCAAUCUGACUGGGGAGCGACGAUGUCGACCCUCUCUGCCGUCGCAGGACUUGACAUGACUAUGCCUGGCGAUAUCACCUUCGACUCUGGCGAUUCCUACUUUGGAGGCAACCUCACGGACUACGUGAAUGACGGGUAUAUCAGCAUUGCUCGCCUGGACGACAUGGCAACGCGUAUCAUCGCUGCUUGGUACUUCCUUCAUCAGGACGAGGCCUAUCCUGCAACAAACUUCAACGCGUUCAAUCCUAAUGACGAAGUGAACAACAAGCACGUGAAUGUGCAGGCGGACCAUUAUAAGCUUGUGAGGGAGAUCGGCGCAGCUGGGACCGUCCUUCUGAAAAAUGAAAAUGGCGCACUGCCAUUGAACAAGCCAAGAAACUUAGUAUUGAUCGGAAGCGAUGCCGGUCCAGGCAAAUCCGGUCCGAAUGAGUUUUCAGAUCAAGGUGGAAGUGAUGGGAUUCUGGCCAUGGGCUGGGGAUCUGGGACUGGUUACUUCCCUUACCUUAUCUCGCCUCUCGAGGGUAUCCAGGAGCGUGCUCGCCAGGACGGCAGCAGCGUGUUCUGGGACUUUGACGACUGGAACACCGCUCUGGCUGGUAAUAUGGCGUAUGGUCAGGCUGUUGCUCUCGUUUUCACUAGCUCCGACUCUGGUGAAGGCUAUAUUACUGUUGAUGGCAACGAGGGAGAUCGCAACAACCUCACUGCUUGGCAUGAUGGUGAUGACCUCAUCCUUGCUGUCGCUGCGCAGAACAACAAUACCAUAGUCGUCGUGAACAGUGUUGGCCCGCUCAUUAUAGAGCCUUGGAUCGAGCACCCUAACAUCACUGCUGUCGUCUGGGCUGGCAUCCAAGGUCAGGAGACGGGGAAUGCUAUCGCUGACGUACUUUAUGGCGCAUACAAUCCCUCUGGAAGGCUUCCGUAUACUAUUGCCAAGGAUCUGGCUGAUUAUCCCGCACAACUCGUCACUGAUGAUUCGGGAAGCGAGAUCGUAACCAUUGAUUACACGGAGGGGUUAUUCAUCGAUUAUCGCCACUUUGAUCAAGCAAACAUCACGCCACGCUUCGAGUUUGGCUUUGGCUUGAGUUAUACUACGUUCACGUACUCUGAGCUCUGCGUGACUCCGAUUCAGUCGUCAGACGCUGAUCAGGAGGAUUUGAUCGCUGCUUGGAAGAACGGGAAGGUUUCGCCCAUCGCUGAAGGGUCUUCCACUGCUCUUUGGCUCCAUGAGCCUGCAUUCCAGGUUACUUUUGAGGUUACGAACACUGGACCCGUAUCUGGGACUGAGAUUCCUCAACUUUACAUUCACUUCCCGUCUUCCGCUGGCGAGCCUCCAUCAGUCCUGAAGGGCUUCACGAAUGUCGAGAUCUCGCCAUACGACACGAAACAGGUCUCUAUAACGCUCUCGCGCUAUGACCUGUCUAUCUGGGACGUCGUCGGUCAGGGGUGGCGCAAGCCUGAUGGCCAGGUCUCGUUCUCUGUCGGUGCGAGCAGUAGGGACUUUAGGCUGCAAGGCGACAUUCCUACUUGAUGUAGUGCAUGUAGUUGCUGUGGUUUUUGCUUCGACGUGAUACUCAACCCAUCAGCACUUCUAUAGUCUAGAAAGAUGAUUUCUGGAAUUGCACGGAAUGAACGCUUCAAAUUGUUCCAACAGUAGUGAUGCCACAGAUUGGUUUCCCCAGACGAUAUUAUAUGCACUGGCUCACUUUCGAACAUGGUGCAUGAUGUUUUACAAGUAAAUACUACAACGAUACUUCAAGUCCCUGCGCAGUACUCGGUCUGACAACUUGAAUCGUCUUCCAUGCUACACACCAAUGCUGAUUGACAGAUGUCUGCCAUCCCGGAAGGCACUCGCAGUUAUGCUAGUUUCUUCAUCAAACCCGGCCGCGAGUUUAGCGUGAUAUUGUCGAACACUAAGGACCAGACGUGGUCCCAGCACAAACAUUUGUACAGGCUGGGCGAAAUUGAGAAUGCCGAAAUAAAUACCACCUCCCAAGGAACUUGAGGA